AGCAGCUCGGGCAAGGAAGAGUGGACUUGAGCUCAGUUCCCGGUGUCGGUCUCUGUUGCGGAUACCGAACCUUUCUGACAAAGUCUAGUAUCUACCCCGACUUAUCAGCAAUGGCGCCCUUGACCAGGUUCACUUGGAGGUUGUGCUUCGUGGUACUUAGCUGGGUGGGCGUGGUGAGCGCGAGUCCAAUUGCUCUGGAAAGCAGAGGUACGUUGAGACAACCAAUGAUUCGCUCAAGGCCUAUGUUUUCCCAACCCAUUACGGCUCCGUCGAGAAUGCGCAACUGAAUCCAGGAACAUGUAUUCCGUCAUUGGCGAUUGGUCGCCGAGUCCCUAGUACACCAGAAACUGACA